AUGUCAAGCCAAAUAUGCUUAAAGUGGAACAGCUUCCUGAACAAUAUCGCUACGAGCUUCGAGAGUCUUUGGGAGGAAGAAGGCCUGGUGGACGUGACACUUGCGAGUGACGGACAGUGUCUCACAGCCCACAAAGUGAUACUUUCUGCCAGUAGUCCUUUCUUCAAGAAAGUCUUCCAGAAAAAUUUGCCUGCUUUGUUGAAAGCAGCUGAAACAUUGCAAAUACGUGGCUUGUCGGGAGGAGAUAUUUUUGCUAAGGAUCAGUAUAAGAGGUUGGCAGAAUUGGAACAGGCUGUAGCCGAAGAGGAUAUACCUGUUGUUAAGGAAGAAGCACCUAAAAAGAAACAAAAAAUUUGUAAACAACAUAACAAUUCUAUUUUGGAGAAGGCUUUAACUCCAAGAAUAUCGCAAUCUGAGAAUACCAGUGAAUCGAAUGAAAGCGAACAAAGUGGGAAGGACACUGAUCAUGGGUCAUCCGAUGCAUUGUCCAAUCCUGUGUUUCAUCGUUUAGAAAUGAAAAUAGAACCAUUGGAGAUGAUGCCCGAAGACUUACAAAAACGAACAUCAACGGAUAAAGAUCCAGUGGAAAGAUUGGACACUGGACAAGUGGACGGUAUGCAAGGGUCUGGGAACAGUCCUGCUGAAGACAUUUCCGGUAUAUCUGGAUUAUCCGGCCUAACUGGAUUCUCGGACGUGAAGCCGCUGCUUUACUCGUAUCAGCAACUACCUUACGCCGAUCUACUACCGAGCCCGGACAUUAUCUCAACGUGGGCGUCCUCUCGUCCGAUGGAUCAUCUAGCUUGCGAUCUCAUGAAGAUUCUCUUUACUCCUGAAGAGAGGAUACUCUGCAACGUCAAUGGUAAAAUGGGAAAGCAGCAAUUCGAUAGCAACAAGAUACACCUGAUAAGGGAGGUUUUGCUUCACUUUAGCGGCAUCGCGCCAAACAGCAUCGAGUGGGAGGAAGUUUGGAAGAAUUGCGUAACAAAGAUCGACACUAGGUCUUCGAAGCCGGCCGUGACGAUAAUCGCGGAAGCACAGGAAAGUUCGAGUUUUCGAGUCUCCGAAAGAAUUCCGGAGGAGAGUCGAGGUCGGAAAGGUUCAAAGGAUGGAAAGGACGGAUCUCUUUGGUCGACCGUACAAAAUCAAGGAGAAUCUGGGCUCCUCGAGCUGGAACGUCCUCCCAAGGAAGAAGCGACGAUAGAAGCAACGACAGAAACGACGACAGAUACCUCCUCGUGCUUUUCGUUGGAGCACGUCGCUGGUGGAGGAUCCCGUUCGAGUUUCUCUCCUGCCUUCCCUUCGUCCAGUGGUUCGGAGUUUUCAGAGGAGACCGUCAAAGGAGGUCCCGCAUAUCCGCCUUUUCCCUGUCCCUUUUGCGAUCGUGCCUACACCAGCUGGGGCUUUCGAAGAAGACACAUCAAAGCCGUUCAUACUGUAUCGCCAUCCCUUCAUUGCAAGUGGUGUUUACAGGUUUUACCUACGCAUGCCGCUUGGAGACGGCACGUUAUAUCCGCGCACAACCUGUCGGCGAAUGACGCCCACAACGGUCUAUUGAUCUUAGAAGAGGCGCAUAUGGUCCUGCAGAUAGCUCGACCAACAAGAUUGGAUACCCUGGUGAACAUUAUCAAGCAAAGUUCCCAACAAAACGAUAAUUCUCAGCUUGAGAAAGAUUGA